AUGGAGAGUGUCUCUGCGAUGAAAAACCCGUCCAUCUCCCAAGCCUCUGGCUCCCAGGGCUCGCCAGUCAGCCUCCGAAAUCGACGUAGCUCCGUCGCUUCCAUGGCCGCCAGUUCCAUCAUCGAGAGAGAGCAGCUCGCUUCCGCCUUAGACAAGAUACACACAUCCGCGAGUAAAGUCGACUCCUUAACUACGUUCAACGACUUCGCCCCUCCGCCCGUGUCCACCAUCGCUGUCGAGAAUAGAAGUUCCACAGGGGACAUAGUACAACAGGGCUUCAGUGGACUGUAUAGCCGGCUUCGAGAAGCAGUUGGUGUCGGCAGUUCUACCAAGCGAAAUCAUGAAGAGGAGGAUGCCGAGAUCAGGGAUACCCUUUCCAAAAAGAACAGCGCCGACACCCGUAAUUCGAGGCAUUCAAUAUCGUCUCUCAGUCGUGCCGAAACCGGAUUGACGAUAUCCACGAAUGGUUCUUCGCACCAAACCAGCGCGAGUGACAAGCAGUCCUCUACUAUCAGCCCAAUCCAUCCUGACACCCGUACACAUUCGCAGUCCUCGUCCAAAGUCACAGGCCUCGGCUUGAUGUCUGGCACAAAAUCACAAUCUUCUAGUCGUCAGAGCUUGCCAACGAAUGCGACUAGCUCCAUCAUCGCGGAUCCGCCUGUUUUAACCAAGGAGGACACGGGCCGAAAUGUGUUAGGACAGGUUGGUGCCGAUGGUUCUUCCCAGCGGAGCCUAAGUAGAGUCGAUCUAGAACGACACCUUGGAACACAGCCGUCGUCGGACUACUAUGAUUCUGCAGAGUCGAAGCUACCCCCAAGAGCACAUAGAGAUGACGCGUCUAGUAUUGCUAGCAUCGAUGGAACAAACGCGGCAUCGGCUGCCUCUAAUCCCUCUAUUCCUUCGAUCAGGACACGGCACAUCCGAACUCCGUCUGGUGGAUCAUCCAUGCUACCUCCAGAUGGUAUUCACAAACGGCCAUCAGCCCUGGAGCGGAUAGGCCGCUCUCACUCACGUGACGGCUCCAGAGAUUCUUCUACCGACAGAGGGACAGCGGUUGCCAGUCCAGUCAUCACCUCCGCCCAUAGUUCUGUGUAUCAUGGGUUCUCUCGUGAAUCUCACUCUCAACAUAUGCGUUCUGGUAGUCUGCGCAUCCCUGGAACGACCAUGAGUCACGAGGGCGCAACUGAUCAGAUUGCGCAGUUAGAUAGAAUGCGAAGACAAGUGCUCAGUAAAGAAUUUUGGAUGAAGGAUGAUACUGUCAAGGAAUGCUUUCUUUGCCAGACUCCAUUCACUGCCUUUAGGCGGAAACAUCACUGCCGAACCUGUGGCUGCAUUUUUGAUGCAAAAUGCACCACUGUCAUAUCUGGUGAAAGAUUUGGUGUGAACGGCUCACUUCGUGUUUGCAAAAGAUGCCUUGAGGUGAUCAGUCGACGACUUGACGGUAGCGCUUCCGAAGAAUCCGGAGAUGAGCAUUCAUUUAUGCCACGGUUCUUUGGUGGAAAUCAUUCCAAAUCGCCAAGCGGUGCAGAUAGAACCAAGGCAAGGGAACAAGAUGCCACCGGCGGGUCGGAAGGGUCAGAAGAUUCUCGUUCUGUCCCAACUGCUCCUAUGCUAGGAAUGCCUGCUACCCGACGAGUUCGUGACGCAAAUCGUUCAUCUGGCGUGUUUGACGUCGACUCACCUACUUUGAGCCGACCCGGUUCCUCCCGUUCGUUGAAGUCCCUGGCGGGUAGGCCUCAGUCCUCAGCCGGACAUGGGCACAAACGGCAUCAUUCUAAAGCUGGAUUUCUGAAUCGCUUUAAAUCUGAGCCAGAUGAUCGAGCGCCAUUCCGCAAAGGGGUUGAUGACGAAGCAAAGAAAAAGCCCAAGUUCCCUGCGUUUCAUGAUGACAACAUCAUUGACCCGGAGCUUGCUGAUUACAUGUCUGACGAAUCCAGUGGGGAUGAGCAGAUGAGCCUCUUUGCCACCAUGUCCACUUCGGAUCUUCCUUCGACGAGCUACGACAAUGACAAGGCUACUCUGGGCUCCUCUAUCAACCUUGGAAAGAAACAUCGCCAUAGGGGAGGCGAGAAGAGCGUCAGUGGCGUGAGCUUUGUUAGCAAAGGCUUGUUUGAUGAUGCCAGUGGACCAACGAGUAUGAUCAGUCAUCGUCGUUCAACGCGAAGGCGGAAUUUAAGCCAAAGUGGAAACGUUCACCACUACGCGCCAUCACCUAGACACAAAUCCGCAGCUUUUAAGGGCCCAUCUGCCUCAUCCGAGUUGCUGUUUGCGUUGGAGCAUCAUAGCCAAGGCAGACCGCCCCUCACGAGCAGUGAUUUAAUGAAAGGUAGUGCACCGCCCAAGGCCGAGCUGAAUAAGUCCAGCAUCCAGCAUAUCCACAAGCUACUGCGGCAGCUGUUAGUAGAUGCCGAUGUUCCCGAACCAGCGGCAUGGGAUCGAGCCCUUGUUCCAAUUUUGCUUCAGUCAACUGACGAUGUGAGCCCGGAUGUUGCGAACAGAGAUUAUAUGGACAUCAGGCGUUACGUGAAGUUGAAAAGAAUACCAGGAGGUAAACCUGGCGACACCGCCUAUGUGUCUGGUGUGGUCUUUACAAAGAACUUGGCUCUCAAAAGUAUGCCGCGCAAAAUAAGCAACCCUCGAAUCGUUCUGGUCACGUUCCCUCUCGAAUACCAACGACACCAGCAGCACUUUAUGAGUCUGCAGCCAGUCAUUGAGCAAGAAAAGGAAUUUCUCAGGGUAGUUGUACAAAGAAUCAGCAAACUACACCCACACUUGCUCUUAGCUGAGAAGAGUGUUUCGGGCGUCGCCCUCCAAUAUCUGUCAGAAGCCAAUAUUGCGGUUGCCUAUAAUGUUAAGCAUACCGUCAUUGAAGCUGUAUCACGCUGCGCUGAGACAGAAAUCAUCUCAUCCCUUGACAUGUUGGCGCUGCCUGUCAAGGUGGGGCGAUGUAUGGGCUUCGAGGUUCGAACGUUUGUCAACAACGAUCAUCCAGGCCGAAAGAAAUCCUACAUCUAUCUGUCAGGAUGUAAGCCUGAGUUGGGCUGCACUAUUGUGAUUCGCGGGGCGAAACAUUCAGUUUUGGCCCGGGUUAAACACAUUGUCGAAUUCAUGGUUUACGUGGUAUACAACUUGAAGCUGGAAUCCAGUUUGCUCAGAGACGAGUCCAUUGACCCCCCUGAAUCUGCGAGCAACUCGCUCUCAAAUUCCAUCCAAGCUUUGAGCGAAAGUUUGAAAUCUACGAAUUCUUUGACCACCCCAGAUCAACCCAACAUCAGUUCAGCUACUGCUCCCGGCCCACCUGCCCAGGAGGCUCCUUCACCUCCUGCCGAUACUCCAGCAGAGACCUCUCAGCAAUCUGAAGAGGUUGAGGAUGAUUUAUUAUCUAAAGCUGACGCGCCAGCUUCACAGCCCACUGAACAACUCCCAGGGGCAGCUGAACCACAUUCUGAUGAUGACCAAAAUAAUCAGGUUCCAGACUACAUACCAAUGCCCACUUUCUACAGUGACAUGGUCGCGAAAUACGAAACGAAGAUACUCUCCGCAUCGCCUUUCGUUAAGUUUGCACAGCCUUAUCUUCUGAUGAAGGCUCGGGAGCAAGAACGACGGCUAUCAUACCUCAGGCAACUUCUCGAGCACGAUGCCUUUGAAUCAGAAGAAGAUACCAAUAAUCAGGAAUUUCAGCUAAUAAAACCUGAGAUGGUGGAACAGAUCGGCCAAAAGGCACCACGACAGAUGAGAGAAAUCCUCCGGGCUGUCCAUGAUGCCGAAUACGAUAAAGCCCUCUUUAAUUACCAAACCCAGACACGCCAGUGGGAAACAUAUAUUCAGGGAAAUCUGGAUUUAUUUGACCCAUACUCUCAUCAGAAUAUAGUUGUUCUGUACUCGAUGACCUGUACAGAGACUAAAAUUCCUUGCACUGAACCAGUCUUAUUGGCCAUCAAUUUCUACGAUGAUGACUAUAUCGAUCCUGCCAUUGACCCAGACUGCACAUUAGGGCAGUACAUUGAGGAAAUGGUGUAUGGGAAAAACGACUUAUGUUCCUCCAAUGGAUGCGAGCGCAGGAUGAUUGAGCACCAUAGAUCAUAUGUGCAUGACCGAGCACGAAUUACGGUAUCCAUCGAACAACUCUCGUCCAUUCCGGAAAGACAGCCGGAACUCGGCGACGGCAUAACUAUGUGGACAUACUGUAGAGUAUGCAAGAAAGAUUCAGAGGAGAUACCAAUGUCUGAACUGACCUUCAAGUAUUCUUUCGGCAAGUAUCUAGAGCUACUUUUCUGGGGAAGGGGCUUGCGCAUGAAAGACAGUGUUCAUUGUGGCCACGAUCACCAUCGUGAUCAUGUCCGUUACUUCAGCCUUGAUGAUUCCCGUGUCCGAAUUGACUGGGAUCCCAUUGAUCUUUUGGAAAUUGUGGUCCCAAGGUUGAGGAUUACUUGGAAAGUCGCCAAUGACAUCAAGUUGAAGAACGAGAUAUACAGGAGAAUGGAGAAUAGAUGGUCCAAAUUCAUGAACUCUGUCAAAGCAAGGCUGAAGAGUAUACGAUUAGACAGCGUCCUGCCCGAGAAAGCUGAAGAAUUCAAGGCUGAGCUUGAGAGGCUCAACAAACUGGCUCAGGAAGAUCAACCUGCAGUGGUUCAACGGCUCCAGGAGAUUUAUGUAAACACCAAGUAUUACGAAGUUGUCCCGUUCAACGCUAUCGUUCGAAUGAUGCUCGAGAAGGCCGAAGCGUGGGACACAGCCUUUGCCAAGUUUGAAGCAGAUUUCCUCGGCGAUAAAGAUAUGCGUCAACAGAUCAUGAUGCAACUCAAAAAGCUGAUCGCAGACAACGACUCCAAGGAGUCACUGGUCUCUACUGAAGGGUCUGGCUCCGCGGCAGAUAGUGAAGAGCGACCAUCACAAACUUUCUCGGAGACUGAAGAGAAGAGCACUCAACCCACAGAGUAUACAACCACACCUAGUUUAGAGGAUAGUGUAGCAUCCUCAACCAAACUCGAAGACAGCAUAUCGGCCGAGGAAGAGAGCAAAGUCGAUGCUCGUACCGAAGGCGCGAUUGAGAGAGUCGAACCUCUAGACUUGGCGAGCUCUCCAACAGCCCCGAUUAAAACUCCGGCUGAAUUGUCACGUCCCCCAGAUAUCGAUACAAGUCGCAAAGAGAUUGUUUCUUCGCCCAAACCUUCCCCACGGCGGCCACUUUCGCCAACUAUUCCACGCAAAAUACCUCCCCAGACAUCUACAUCUGGGCAGUCGCUAACCGAAAAGGUCGACCAAAUGCGCCGAGAACAUGCCUCGCACUCCAGUCAAUCAAGCGAACCAACAGGGACACCUAUAUCUACUGAAAGCUCCCAUCAUACUCCAGACCGAGCAUCAGCACGUCGGUCCGGCUCUCAUGCUUCCCCUCCCUUGGUUCGAGCUACGUCCCAUCCUGUGCGGACAUUGUCUAGAACGCAAUCUUCCACAAGUAAGCCUCAACCGAUUAAGGAAUCGAAGACCGUACCUACAGAUCACAAGAGUGGCGACCGUCAGUCAGGCCAAGAGACCCCCGUCAGAGUAGAUAAGAAGCUCUCUGAGAGACUUGGACUUAGUGCCUUGAAAAAUCGGACCAAAGGGGGCCAAUCCAACAUCCCCCGGCUUGUAACAAAAAAGAGGGAAUCCAAAGUUUCAGCCCUUGCACGUCAUUUUGAGCAGCUGAGUCGCGAGUUCGAAAAGGAGCGGAUCCGGGAUCGUAAGAAACGAGCCGCAAGCUUGCGCCAGCCCAGGGCUAUGCUUCCCAGAGCAUCCACUAAACCUUUUGUUGAGGUAUAUGAUGAUGUUAAAGAUGCAUUUGAGGAACCAUCUCCAGCGCCCGAUGCGCUCCGCGGAGACGAACAACCUUCUACCGAGCACGUCCCUAAAGCAGGGGAGGAGGAGGAGCUCAAAAACGAAAAGUCUAGUGUAAGCCUUGAAGACACCGAACCGCCACUGACGGAAACGAAUUCGAGAGAAGAUACGGAGGAUCCUGGAACGGUCCAGAGUAGUCAGGCGAUGUCCGAAGAUGAAGGAGCUUCGAGCGAUGUUGAGCCCACGGUUUCUGAAGAGUUUCUCCCGGAAAUCAAAGAGAUUGCGGAUGCUCUAGAGCCCAGUACUGAGAUUCCUCUCGAGCUUCCAAAACACCAAAAGACAAGUUUGAUGAAAUACUUGACCAACUUUUGGGCAGAACGGUCAGCUAGUGGAUGGCCAGCCCUUGAGUAUCCCAUCAAUCCAACAGAUCACAUCUUUGUUGAUUCUGACAUCAUUGUGCGGGAAGACGAGCCAAGUUCGGUCAUCGCUCUGGUUCUCAACAGUGAUGAUUAUCAAGACAAGCUUGCUCGAAUCCGAGCAGAAUCACAGGCAACGCACCGAGACGAGGCGGAUGUGGACCCGGCUCGCUCAGACUAUGAAAAUGCACAGUUCGAACUAGAGAGGGAGAUGGAGAAUAGUCUACUACAGCCAACGGGCACUCACCUGAAAUACCAAUUCAAAGAAGGUCCUGCUGUAAUGACCUGCAAAAUAUUCUACGCUGAGCAGUUUGACGCUUUGCGCAGAAAGUGCGGUGUCUCUGAGCGGAUCAUCGAAUCGUUGUCUCGAUGUUUGAAAUGGGAUUCGAAGGGUGGUAAAACAAAGUCAGUCUUCUUAAAGACCCUAGAUGAUCGACUCGUUCUCAAGUCUCUAUCUCCGGUGGAAACGUCGGCGUUCUUGCGCUUUGCCCCUGGAUACUUCUCGAUCAUGGCUGAGGCUCUAUUCCACGAUCUCCCAUCCGUCAUCGCCAAAAUGCUGGGUUUCUUUCAGGUCUUUAUCAAAAACCCCUUGACUGCGACUGACAUCAAGUUUGAUCUGCUCAUUACGGAAAAUCUCUUUUACGACCGUUCCCCUGAUCGCAUAUUUGAUUUGAAAGGUUCCAUGAGAAACCGGAGAAUCCAGUCCACAGGCCAACAGAAUGAAGUGCUCCUGGAUGAAAACAUGGUUGAUUUCAUAUCCGAGUCACCACUGUUUGCCCGCGAGCAUUCCAAAAAGCUUCUUCGAGCCUCAGUGUGGAACGACACGUUGUUCCUAGCGAGACAAAAUGUUAUGGAUUAUUCAUUGAUGAUUGCUGUCGAUGAGACUCGAAAGGAGUUGGUUGUUGGUAUUAUCGAUUGCAUUAGAACAUACACGUGGGACAAGAAGCUUGAGAGUUGGAUCAAGGAUCGGGGGUUCGCUGGAGGAGGACGCAACCGGCCGACCGUUACCAGCCCUAAAGAAUACAAGUCUCGAUUUAGAGAGGCCAUGGCAAGGUAUGUCUCUUAUCGCUACCUUGAGAUUGAUGAUGCACAUUUUGAACAUGAGUACUAA